AUGUUCCGUUCCGCUGUCGUCCGCUCGCUGAGAGCCUCCGUUCCCCGUGCCGUCAGGACUCCUGCUGCCUUCCAGAACCGUAGCUCUCCUGUUGCUCGUCCUGCUCAAUUCGCCCCUCGCUUUGCUUACCAGGGUGUCCGCCUCUACUCCGCCCCCGCCGGUCUGAACAAGGAGGAGGUCGAGGGCCGGAUAGUCAACCUCUUGAAGAACUUUGACAAGGUUUCCGAUGCCAGCAAGAUCAACGGCUCUUCCCACUUCUCGAACGACCUCGGUCUGGAUUCCCUGGAUACUGUUGAGGUUGUGAUGGCUAUUGAGGAGGAGUUCAGCAUUGAGAUCCCCGACAAGGAGGCCGACACUAUCCACAGUGUUGACAAGGCUGUUGAGUACAUCCUUGCCCAGCCUGAUGCCCACUAA